AUGGCGGAUAAGGGCAAAUUAGGAAUGGCCGACGGAGAAGAUAGGUCUGGUAAAGUGGAGGAGAAGGCGUCUAGCGGCAAAAGCGCAUUUAACCGUAACUAUUUGCUACAUCAACCUUAUUAUGGCAAGAUAAAGAUCAAGACCGAGACCGGUAAGUUCGUGUCACUUGAAGUCAAAGGCUCAGACACUAUUGGCAGCAUCAAGCUUAACAUACAGGCCAAGGAACAUAUCCCCUUUGACCAACAGGAGCUAGUCUUCAACGAAGUGGUUCUUGAGAACCAAUAUACCCUUUCUAACUACAGCAUGAGGAACAAAUCCACCCUCACAGUCAAUGGUAAAUCAGUGGAUUUGAUGAAAAUAAAUGUCAAGAUCUCCACAGGAAAGACAAUCUCUUUGUCGGUCUACUCAACAGACACCAUCGCAGAUGUGAAAACGAAGAUCUAUUUUAAGGAAGGUAUUCCCUGUGAAAAACAAGCUUUGAUCUUUGACGAAAAGGUGGUCCUAGGGGAUAGCGGUACCCUUUUUGACUACUAUAUCACCGCAAAUGCGACCCUCACACUUAUGCGUCAAUCAAGAGGAUUCGUGAUAGAUAUCCUGAUUCCGUAUGGUGGAGAGACUGAUGCAGGGACCGUUACUUUGAGAGUCAAACCCUCGGACACCAUUCGCGACGUAAAAGACAAGCUCAAUGGUAAAAUAGGUGAUUCUCGUGACAAGUAUGAGUUGAUCUUCGACGGGGUUGUUCUUCACAAUGACGAUACGCUUGAUGACUGUCACAUAAACAAGGAGUCCGUGCUCACCCUUAUGCGUUCCUCAACGGGAUUCAUGCAUAUAUCUAUCGAGGCCCCUAGUGGAAUGGAAUUUGAUCUGGAAGUAAAACCCUCUAACACCAUCCGUAGUGUGAAAGAAAAGAUCGAGGCUAAGCUCGGUAUUCCCAGAUCAAACCAAAGACUUAUCUUUUCGGAAAAGCAUUUGGAGGAUAACGAUACCCUUGACGACUGCGACAUCUAUGAGGAUCAAGAAGAAGUAGUGUAUCUUAAAUUUGCUGAUUAA